AUGUUGUCUGCUGUGGUACAUUACGAUAUGGAGUUGGAGCAACUUGACGUCAAAACAGCGUUUCUCCAUGGACACUUAGACGAGUUCAUCUUAAUGGAGCAGCCUGAAGGAUUUGUAGAUAAGAGGCAUCCAUAUAAAGUUUGUCUCUUGAAGAGGUCACUAUAUGGUCUCAAACAAGCUCCGAGACAAUGGAACAAAAGAUUUGACGACUUCAUGAGAACAAACGGGUACAACAGAAAUGAAUACGAUCAGUGUGUUUAUUUCAAGAAGUUGAAGAGCGGAGCCUACAUCUAUCUGCUUUUGUAUGUGGAUGACAUGCUUGUAGCAUCAGUGGAUAAAGACGAUGUCAAGAGGCUUGAGGUUCUUCUCGGUACAGAAUUUGAGAUGAAAGACUUAGGCAGUGCAAAGAAGAUCUUGGGUAUGGAAAUUGUCAGAGACAGAGUAAAUGGUGGUUUAUAG